GUAGAAUUUAUGCUUUCAGUUGCGCGUGGUCUUCGAAAGUGCGCGGACGUAGUGUAGUGUGUUGGAAUUAAUAUUUAUAUUAUCGAAAAGUAAUCGCGUUAUUUAUUACGCUUUAAACGUUUUUAUAAUCAUUUUUAUUAACUUGCGAGUGUUUUUACGUUAAAUAACAAAUAUUUAAUUUAUUAUUUACCACAUGGUGACGCAAAUGAAGGAUUUUAACGUAUCAUCAGAAUCUAGCGGCAUGUUCACAUACGUUAGAAAUACCGGCACUCAUCUAUCAACGUUAACAAGAAUCUUGGGCGUGUGUACUGCAGUUGUUGUGUGCGGCGUCGGAGCGGAUGUGGCGUACCAUCAGCACGUCAUGGGGUUUUACGUUACAGCAGCAUCUGGUUUGAUAUUCUUUCUCGAGAUUACAUGGGCCAUCACCUUGUUCGUCCAGAUCUGUGUCAGGAACGACGAGUCUCUUUGUUCAUGCUGUUGGUCGGCAGUGUUGGCGAUAACAAGAGGUUGGCGGAGGGCAUUGUUUUAUCUACCAUUAUCCUGUAUUUUGGCAUGGAAACCGUAUAGUCUAUGGUUGUCCUAUGUUGCGGCCGGACUUUUGGCAGUGCUAUCCUUGCUGCAUAUUACAUCCAGUGCUUUGGGCAUACGUGGUUCCUGCCAGAUGAGCAAUGCCACGGAUUCAGUUGGCGAGAGCCUUCUAAAUACUAGGCCUGAGAAUUACGAUCGUUUUGAAGAAGUUUUGAAAAGAACCUUUUUUCUAAGAUCGAGUGCAUCGCACAAGGUGACGGAAGUACUGGACGACGGUGUGUCUGGACCAACAGGACGAGUGGGAGACAGCGAUGGGGAAAUAUGACACGAACGUCAGCCCUCGUGGGCAAGCGAAUCAGACGAGGAUAGUGAACCGGAACAAAGGACAUGUCAAAUAGCUACGCUAUCUUAGUCGUUGAUAGGAGACAGAAGAAACGCCGAUCUCGACAUUUUGCAAACGAUGUCAAAAUUCAAGCUUCUUCCGCGAUAUACAGAAGCCAAUGGCAUUUUUGCGAGAAUGUAAUAUACAGAAAAGAAAGGAAGGAGAAAGCUUUGCGUGUUCGAAAAGUUACAGAAAAGUUGAACAGAGGAACGAUGAAACUUUCCGAAGGAAGUUCAGCGGUCCAAAAAUGAACAGGUAAAAUACGAGACUCGUUGAGAAAUUUGAUCAAAGAUGAAGAGUGUCGGAUUAUUGAGAUAUGUAAAAAUAUUUGCAAGAUUUCUCGUUUUCGUUUUGCAUAGUUGAAAUUUUUUACGAGUCAAUAUAGUUGAUAGAUUGAAAUAUCGCAUACGUUAGAACAGUGUUUCCUAAUCAAUGUCACGAAAAUAAUAUUAAAAUUUUAUGAAACAUAAAAAUAUGUAAUAUUUAUUGAUAUUUAUAAAUAAUGUUGAAAAAUAGAAUUUAUAUAGAUCAAUGCACAAUAAAAAUUCAUGGUUACAUUAAAUAACAUAUGAUAUAAUAAAGUAUUAUUUUUAUCUACAUUUGAAAUAAUCGAUAUUAAAUUUUAUUCAAUUUUUGAUUAAAUCUUACUCUAAUCCUUAGUUGAUAUGAAUAUUUUAAAAUAUAACAAAUAUACUAUCAUAUCAAAUUACUUUUAAAAAGAAUCAGGAAACACUGGAUUAGAGAUUGUUGCAUAUGAUUUGCAAUCGGCCUUAGAUCAUUAAGAGUUCCUUUCGAUAUAUAUACGCGCGCGUUCAAAUGUUAUUUAAAAAAAAAAGCUGACAGUUUCUCAUGCUCUAAUGUUUAAUGACGAUGUUUUAUUUGUAUUUGUGUAAGUAGUAAAUGUUUUAAAAUAAUUAAUCAUAAAUGAUUGUAUUCUAAUGACUGUGAAGAUAAAUUUCAGAGUGAUGUAAAAAAUUUGCGUAGGUGAUUCGGAAAAAGAGUUAUGAAUAAUAAAUUCAAUCAUAAAUUUGAGAAUAUCGUAAAAUUAUAAUAUUAUUCUUUUUUUAAAAUAAGAAUAAUAAUUAAAAUUAUUGAUAUUAUUAUUAAUAUAUUUAUUAAUUAUAAAAUUAUUAAUAAAUAUUAAAAUAAUUUGUAUAAAUAAGAAUUUAUUUAAAUAAAAAUUUUAUUUCUGAAAUUUAAAAAUUUUUAAUUUAUUUCAAAACAUAAUAAUGAAAACAGAAAAAAUCUCAAAUUUAUGAUGAAUAACAUAGCAUGUAUAAAUGAAUAAUAGAAUAUGUGAUAGUAAAUAAUAUGUUUUGAGCAUGUAUUAAUUUAUGAAAAUAUAAUUCUGAUAAUAAUAGCUUAUAGAAUUAAUAUAGGCAUUUAUAUUUAAAUAGCUUUGCAAUUUUAAAAAAAUAUAAUAACUGUUUCUAAAAUCGUAAAAUUAGUGCAAAGUUAUUAUGAUUGUUAAUGAUUGUAUGAAUGAAUAUUAUUUAUUUAUAUUUUUAUCGAAUGGGAAGAGAGAAAUAAGAAUGAUAUGUUUUUACAACUAUGCUCGAUUUUAUGACUAAUUAAUAAUAAUUAAUAAUAAUACAAUAUAUAAUUAUUCAAUUAACUAUUAUAUAUCAUAAAGAAUAAAAAUGAAAAAAUUAUAAAAUUUAUAAUUUUUAAUACUUGUUUUUUAAUAUCAUUAUAUAAUGUUUUCCACGUGUACAUGUCUAGAUUUAAAUAAAAAAAAUAAUAAUUAAAAUAAAUUAUUCUCAUUCUUAUUAUUCCGUAUAUAAAUUUAAAUACAUGUUUUUUAACAUGUUACAUAUUCAAAAUUAUAGUUUUUACUUGAAAGUAUGACAAAACAUAUGAGAAAGAAUGUGAUAAAACAAAAAUAUUAUAAAACAUUAUAAAUGCAUUGCUAAGAUUUAAAGAAGAUACAUUUAUUUGUUACAAAUGGUUUUGUAUGUAACAAUAUAUAUUAUAUCACAUUAUCAAUUGUACAGCAUAUGAUCGCAUGAUGUAUAAAUCAGUAGUAAUAUUUCCAUAUAAGCGAAAUUAAUUGUAAAUUUAAUAUUAAACAAUGUUAAUUAAAUUAUUAUAUAUGUAUGGCAACCUAUAAUAAAAAUCAAAAUAUAAUUAAUAAA